AUGACAGCCAGCACGGAAGAUGGGAGCGUUGAGGAACGACUUAUAAAUGAAGAAUAUAAAAUAUGGAAGAAGAAUACCCCUUUCCUCUAUGACAUGGUCAUGACACAUGCUCUGGAAUGGCCAAGUUUAACUGUUCAGUGGUUACCUGAUUCUACUAAGGUAGAGGGAACUGAUUAUACUUCUCACCGUCUGAUUCUGGGAACUCACACAUCUGAUGAACAAAAUCACUUACUUAUUAGCAAGCUUCUUCUUCCAAAUGAUGAUGCUCAGUUUGAUGCUAGCAAAUAUGACACAGAAAAAGGAGAAUUUGGUGGAUUUGGAGCCAUCACUGGCAAAGUUGAAGCUGAAAUCAAAAUAAAUCAUGACGGCGAAGUUAACCGUGCUAGAUACAUGCCACAGAAUCCUGUUAUUAUUGCUACUAAAUCUCCUAGUGCAGAGGUUUAUAUAUUCGAUUAUACAAAGCAUACCUCAGUUCCUAAAGACAAUGUGUGCAGACCUCAGCUUAGAUUGAGGGGACACACAAAAGAAGGAUAUGGUCUGUCAUGGAACCCCAUCAAGCAAGGACACAUUUUGUCUGCAUCAGAUGAUCACACUGUUUGUCUAUGGGAUGUACAAGCCAACGAAAUUGCCGCUGGUGUGUUGGACGCGAAAACUAUUUUCAAGGGACACAGUGCUGUCGUAGAAGAUGUGGCAUGGCAUGUUCUGCAUGAAGGUGUCUUCGGAUCUGUAGGAGAUGACUAUAAGCUCAUGGUUUGGGAUACGCGUCAAGCUAAUCCAGCAAACAUUGUUGAUGCUCACACUGCUGAAGUCAACUGUUUAUCAUUCAAUCCUUAUUCUGAAUUUAUUCUGGCCACUGGAAGUGCCGACAAGACUGUUGCUCUUUGGGAUUUACGUAAUUUGAAACUGAAACUCCACUCAUUCGAGUCUCAUAAAGACGAAAUCUUCCAAGUACAAUGGAGCCCUCAUAAUGAAACUAUCCUCGCAAGUUCAGGAACUGACAGGAGGUUACACGUAUGGGAUUUGUCUAAAAUUGGAGAAGAGCAGAGCCCUGAUGAUGCUGAUGACGGUCCACCAGAGUUGUUGUUCAUUCACGGUGGUCAUACAGCUAAGAUUAGUGAUUUCUCUUGGAACCCCAAUGAGCCAUGGGUAAUAUGCAGUGUUUCGGAGGAUAAUAUUAUGCAGGUUUGGCAAAUGGCAGACAAUAUUUAUAACGAAACCGAUGACGAAACACCAUCGGACAACUUGGAAAAAGCAGCUUAA